AUGUGUAAAUCAUCAUUGUGGAAUUACCUUUAUCUUUACUACAAUGCGGCAAAGGUUUAUUCAUUGAAGGAGUUUGGCAAUCAUUUUGUAGAAUUCAAGAACAAAUGUCCCGCGGUAGCCGUUGUCCUUGAGUAUGAUAUUGGUUUUGAGAAGUGGAGCAGGGAACAUUUUCCUAGCAAUAGAUAUGAUGUGAUGACCACAAAUAUCGCCGAGUCACUCAAUGCUAUGUUGAUAGACGAAAGGGAGUAUCCCAUGGCAUCAAUAUUUAAUUCGAUUGCUAAGAGAUUUGGAGAAUUGUUCAAGGAGAGGCAUGCAUAUAUCCUUAAAUCAAUGGGUAAUCAAAUGGUACCUUCUGCCAAAAAAAUCACAAGAAAAAAAUUGAUCGAGGGUGACUCCUUAUAUGUGGAGAACGUAACUGGGGACGGAAAUCAAAUUUACCUUGUUCGGUGCACGUGCUAUUGCCUAAGUGGACCUACUGGAAAAGUCAUGUUCUUGAAGGGAAUAUGA